AUGGAGAGGAUCAGCCCGAGGAAACAGGGCGUGAUUGAAGGCAAAAUUGCGGAUAUCACCAUGAAAACCAACAACAAUGAGGGCAUAGAUCCCAUUGAACUGAUUGCACGUAUCAAGAAUUUGCAAAUCAGCCAAGGUAGUGGUCAUACUACCUCCACCACCCCCAAAGCAGCAUCGUCUAAAGUCGAAAAGCGCCCCUGGCCGACCAACUGGCCUGUCAAGCAAGACAUGUAUGCACACUUCAACAUCACCACGGAGCGGCACAGAGAAAACAUGUGCUUGCUUCUCCAGGACUUUGCCCUCAAAGCGAGGCAUACUGCGCGCUUGACCCGUAACUGGGAAGGCGGAGAAGUAUGGCCAACAGUCGUCGAACCAGCAGCUCUCGAGCUGUCCGAGACCAUGAACAACUACGGUAUCGACUGGCGCAAUGUCCAAUACCGGCCAGAUUAUGCCGAAGAGCUAGAUUUUGUGUGGAGGUGCUGGUCUACCGAACUGUCAGCGAACCACAUCAACCACAAGAUCAUUUGGGAGUAUGUCACUGGCAUAGCCCGCACAUGGGACCAAGGCCGAAAAGCAAGCGGCGUCUGGUUCCACAACGAUGAGGAGGAACAUCGCAAGAAACGGUGCCCCGGUAGAAACUACCACCUCGUCAAAAACCUACGAGUCCCAACCAUACCACAAGCGAUCCGAACGAACAAGUUCAUCGGGGUUGGAGACGACGAGACCGCAUGCAUCUGCUCGCGUCCGUCACCACAGUGCCACAGGCGCUGCGUUCACAGAGAACAAAUAGCAAGAAUCAAGUACCUCAAGAAAAAAAACCGUGAGGCGAUCCCUGCUCCUGUCGCAGAGGACAUGGACGAACUUGAUUGCAUCGAAUGA